AUGACAUGGGACGACCUGAAACCAAACUGCCAACUGCCACAAUCGCUGGGAGCCGAACGCUUCCUGGUUCGACCCACUUGCACUCAUGAGUACUUACGGUUGCUUCCCAAUCUCUCAAGGCUCGAAUGGCCUAUUGCGAACUAUGCACCGCAACCGCAAGGAUUGAAGCUGCCCGAUGGAAGGGUCUAUCGAAACCCGACACCAUUUGACCCUGUUAUGAGCCGAGGACAACGGGCACUAAGUAAGCGACUCCUAUGUGUAAUCACCAACCUGUUAUACGCAAACAAAAUGGCCGAUCGAUUUUUUCUCACAGGCGCGACAUUGCUUGGUUCGCUGAGACAUCAUGACUUCAUCCCGUAUGACGAUGAUGUGGACAUACUUUUGGAUGAGACAGUUAAACCUAUCGUGCAGAACUUGACCGGAUUUUUAGAACCAGAAUAUAUGGUGUACUGGGGUAGUGAUAGAGCGAAGUUCUUUACACGACCUGUAGCUCCACAAGAAGAACAUCAAGAUGUGGAACACAGCAGACAUCUGUCGCAGCAUCCGUGGAAUUGGCCUUACGUGGAUAUUGGCUAUUACAAUGUGAACAGUACUCACGUGUAUGAAGUAGCCGAAUGGAUGGGUAGGAAAUUAGUGUGGCCCAGAUCUGUUGUUUUCCCUUUGCUUUACCGUCCCUUGGGAAUAAAUUGGUUUCCUACCCCAUACAACAGUAUUGGCUUCAUUCGUCAGGCGGUGGGCAUCGUUGCAAACUGUACGGCAUCCGGAUACAGUCACUCAUUCGAAGGGGGCGAAAAACCUGGCAACAGGCCAUGCAUCGAGUUAGCCGGCCGAUAUCCCUUUGUGGAACAUCAAACUAUGAGAGACGGACCAAGAGUAAGAAUGCAGGACCAAAGAUCAAAGGACAAGGUAUCAACAGAACUGGUGAAAUCUCAAGAAAGUUUGGUGAUCCUCCAAAAUCAGUCAUCUACCAAGCACCUUAUACAUGAACUCGUCCUUUAUACCCAUGCCGAUGUUGCCACUCUCGAUACUUAUGAUUACGGGAAGAAUGCUCGCCCAUAG